CAAGGUCCUCAGCUAGUGUGAAGGGCCAGGAAGGUUUCCCUAAAAAGUGGGUAAUGGAGAUGAGGUCUGAAGGUUGAGCGGGAACUAAAGACUAUAUAACCUUGAGUGAUGCAGGCCACUGCAGUGGUGGAGACAGCUUCUGGUGAAAGCUACCACAGUAAUGGAGGAAGCCUCCAAAAAGAUAAACCUUCUAAAACUAAGAAAAAAAAUUUGUUAUCUUCCAAUGGCUGUAAUGAAGUCAAAUUGACUUUUCCUGAUGAUGACUGGGAUUCCUUGGCACUAGAGCAAAGAGCUAAUGACAAAGAAAUCGGCAAUAUUGACAAAAUAGAUUUAUUGGAGCCAUCUUUUUCAGUGAGUCAAAAUACUGACAUAGAGAGUACUCAGUCUCAGUCAAGUGAAUUUGAAGACAGUACUGACUAUGCUCCCUUAAAUGAAACAUAUUCUAUUCAUUAUUCAGAGUCAAAACUAAAGCAUGAAAGUCUUAUUCUUUUAAGUUCACAAUUAGAUCCUGAAAUGCAGAAAAGAAAGGAGGUGUUUUUUGAUAUUUUGGAACAUCAAGGUAGUAAGACUGUUGACUUGGAAAGAAUCUACAAGAUUUCGGAUGGUGAAUAUAAAGAAACUGCUGAAGAUAUGCAAAAGCAUGAUACAGAUGAAGACUCACAGCAGGAAUAUCACAGUGCAGAAGAACAAGAAUAUAUAAGUAACCAUUUAUCUUUUGAUCAUACAAAAACAUUAAGUAUAUCAAAUCUGGAAGUUGAAUUAAGAAAUUCAGGUUAUGAAGUUAAAUGUGCUAGCAAUCUAGAAGAUAAGCAUGUUAAGUUGGAAAGUGGUUCUAUCUUUUCUUUAGAUUCACUUGAUGUUUAUGGAGAAGAAGAUUCACCUCAUGUCUCCAAAUUGCAGAAUUCUGUCAUGUUAAGAGAAUAUGAACCAAAGGAUGAAAAGUGUAAGGAACAAAAGACUAAUUUAAUGUACCAUACAGUAUUUGAUGACGGUACACUAAGAAGCAGUUCUCUUGGAAACCAGGAAUCUCAAUCUAAGAGUGGUUUCUUGAACCCUAAAAAAGCAUUAAAAACUAAAAUUUAUACUGAAAAAAUGAAAUCUCAAAUAACUGAAAGCAAAGAUUUUUGUGGAAAUACAAUUGUUGAAAACAAAAUAUUACAGCACCUUAAAAAUUCUAGCACAUUACCACAAGACAAAGCUUUAGAAGCAUUACUACAACCCUGUAAAGAUUGUCAAACUUCCUGGACCUCUGUUUUUGAUGAUUCAGUAAUUUCUGCCUGUGAAUAUUCACAUUAUAAAAGCCUACAAAACACCCCCAACCCAGCCUUAGAUUUUUCUAUUACGCUACCAAGGGUCACAGUCAGAGAUAUUCAGGCAACAGAAGAAGGUGGCUCCCUAAAAGUUGCCAGUAGCAGUGCCACAAAUAAAACAUGCCUUCACAAUAUGGAAGGAAUAAAUCCUAAAUCAGUGACAGAUGCAGCAAGUUGUACAGUCACAAUUAACCAGACUGUGGAUGUUAGCACUGAUUUUAGGGCUUGUUUCACAACCAGCAGGGCAACAAGUGCAAGAUCUUCUGUAGUAUCUACAUCAAGCAACACAGAGAUUACAAUGAUGAAUAAAAAACGGCCUGGUGAAUGGCAAAGUGAGCAACAGAGAAGUGUGGCUUGUAAUACAGAGUGGUCAUACAGUCAAGACUGUGUAGAUACUCAGAUGGCUAUGAUAAAAGGAUCAGGAAAAUCUCCCUCGGUUGACAGUUUAAAACCUAAUGGAAAUUUUUUAAAUAAGGUAAAAUCAAUAUGA